AACUGCUCAUUGACACAACACACACACACACACACUGUAACACAUCAGGCAAUUUGCACUUGUCAUUGUCGUCUUUUCAAGGUGUAUUAUGAUUUUUCUGUAAAAGAUUGACUUUUGCAGUUUGUGUCACACACCGUGAGACAGCCUUCUGUUGUGUUGGACCGUUGCUGUCAUCGCAGCCAUGAUCAUCAGCAUCGCUCUAAUAUGGGCAGUGCUCGUGGGGUUCUGCUGCGUCCUCUGGUUGGCUGUGGGGAUACGACGUAGGCAGCCAGGGGAGCCUGUGGUUGAAAAUGGAUUGAUACCAUAUCUUGGUUGUGCUCUGCAGUUUGGGGCCAACCCCCUGCAGUUCCUUCACAGCCGUCAGAAGAAGUACGGCCACAUUUUCACCUGCAAGAUUGCGGGCCAGUACAUUCACUUCCUGUGUGACCCCUUCUCCUACCACUCAGUCAUCAGACAAGGUCGACACCUGGACUGGAGGAAGUUCCACUUUGCGACAUCAGUAAAGGCAUUUGGCCAUGACAGCUUUGACCCUCGACAUGGGCACACCACGGAAAAUCUCCACCAAACUUUUCUGAAAACUCUGCAAGGUGAGGCAUUACCCUCCCUGAUUGAGAGCAUGAUGGGCCACCUCCAGGAUGUCAUGCUGAGGUCCAACAUGCUCAGCCCCAGCAAAGAUCACUGGGAAGUGGAUGGCAUUUUUGCUUUCUGUUACAAGGUGAUGUUUGAGUCUGGAUAUCUGACCUUGUUUGGUAAAGAGUUUGGUGAGGAUAAGUGCAAGGCCCGACAAGCAGCUCAGAAAGCCUUGGUGCUCAAUGCAUUGGAGAACUUCAAGGAGUUUGACAAGAUCUUCCCAGCAUUAGUGGCUGGCCUGCCGAUCCACGUCUUUAAAAGUGCCUACAGUGCCAGAGAGAACCUCGCAAAGACCAUGCAUGCUGAAAACUUGGCAAAGAGGGAGAAUGUUUCAGAUCUUAUCUCGAUGAGGAUGAUCUUAAAUGACUCCUUAUCUACCUUCAAUGAUGUCAGCAAGGCCAGAACUCAUGUCGCUCUGCUCUGGGCAUCACAGGCUAACACCUUACCUGCAACCUUUUGGAGUCUUUUCUACUUAAUAAGAAGUCCAGAUGCCAUGAAAGCAGCUCGUGAGGAGGUGCAAAAGGUGCUGACAAUUAACCCCAGUGACCCGACACUCACCCUGACUAGGGACCAACUGGACCGUAUGCCUGUUUUGGACAGCAUCAUAAAGGAGGCUAUGCGUCUAUCCAGUGCUUCCAUGAAUGUGCGCGUUGCCAAAGAAGACUUUUUACUUCACCUUGACAACCAGGAGGCUUACCAUAUAAGGAAAGAUGAUGUCAUAGCCCUGUACCCACCAAUGCUGCACUAUGAUCCAGAGAUCUACGAAGACCCUUAUGAAUAUAAGUAUGACCGCUUUCUAGAUGAAAAUGGUCAGGAGAAGAUCACGUUCUAUCGCAACGGCCGGAGACUGCGUUACUUCUGCAUGCCUUUUGGCUCCGGCGUCACCAAAUGCCCGGGCAGAUUUUUUGCCAUGUAUGAAAUAAAGCAGUUCCUGACUUUGGUUCUGGCUUACUUUGAAAUGGAACUUCUUGACCCCGCCAUCAAAGUCCCACCUCUUGACCAGUCACGUGCUGGCUUAGGAAUCCUUCAGCCAACUUACGAUGUCGAUUUUAGGUACAAGUUGAAAUCGAACUUCUCGUGUUUUUCUUGAGAACAAGAGCUAAAUUGUGUUUUGUUUGACAUGGUGAGUAUUUCAUUCGUGUAUGUUCAUGUUGGCCCCCAUUUACAAAUAUAAGGAAACUGUGAUGAUCCAGUGGUCUUGCAAAGAUCCGGACAAACCAGACCCAGGCUCUGGAUGAACUGGACUGGUGUACACCUCAUUCCAGAGUUAAGGAAGGACUCAAGGAAGGGAAGAUGUUAGUGUCAUGUGCAUGUGUAAAUAGAUUUAAAUGUAUACUUUUAAUGUAUAUUAUAAAUUAGGGUCACCAAACGUCCUGUUUUCCCAGGGCAUGUCCUGUUUUUUUUUGUUUUGUUUUUUUUCAGAAAGUGAUGGCAAUGUCCUGGUUUUCAUUGCUUUUCAUUAAACUGAGUGGCAUGAGGGGACUCUGCUGCAUAUGACGUAAGCUUCCGUUUUUGAAUUAGUGUUGCCAAAAACCCGCCAAAGCCAAAGAAAAAGCAGGCUGACCUCAGGUUGCUGUGUCAUUCUGUUUAUGGAAUGAUUUUAUGAAGUGAUUUUAACUCUUCUUUUCUGUAAAGCACUUUGAAUUACCUUGUGUAUGAAUUGUGCUCUAUAAAUAAACUUGCUUUGCCUUUGUUC